UUGUUGGUGGUGGCGGGUUGUUUUUGUUGAAGGUUUUGAGUUUUUUUUUUUUCCCCUUUUGUUGAGGUUUUUGAAUUUAGAAUUUGUUAGAGUAUCAGUGAUUGUGGUUGUAGUUUGUGGCGGUGGUUGUAGUUUGUGGCGGUGGUUCUUGGUUGGUGGUGACUGCCACUUGGCUGUUUGGUAGUAUAUGGAUUGGUUUUGAGUAAAUAUAUUAUUUUAAUAUUUAGAAUGAAAGAAUAGAACAUGUAAUGAGUGGAAUAUUACAAUGCGGUAUAAAUAGUUUUUUGGUGAGGUAUUUUUUUUUAUAAGAGAGCUUAUGGGAAUGCUACAGCGACGGGGACAGGUAACAGUGACAAAAAAAGUCCAAUUACAGCGUGUCAAGUGGGACAAAGUGUAUGAGAAAGCGUCUGUGAUAGGAUCCUUCUUAACAAAGUCCUAUUUCCUGUUUCAGGAAGAGAAAAAGAAAAUAAUGACUCUCUUCUAUGGAAUUUGAUUCCAUCGUGUGAUCAUAGUUCGGGACCUUCAAAGUUAAGACCAGUUGUAUUCAACAAAAGAAACUUCAAAGUUUCACAACCGUGUCAAGUCAAUUUGGCUUUUGCUACGAAACUCGUUCGUUAAAUUCCCUCCAAAGUUUCUAAUCAAAACAAGAGAGAGACAGUUCGUCUUCCCUAUACUCUGUGAGUCUGUGUAUAUGUAUAUAUAUCGAGAUUACAUAACAAUCCACAAUUCACAAUCUGGAUAGGAGAAACUUUAUCAAAACACGUUUUAUCUGUUACGUCUGUUACAUCCAAGCGCGUAAUAAGAUUUCUUUCAAUCAGUUUCAGAGAAAAAAAAGAAAAAAGAAAGAAAGAAAGAAAGAGAGAAUGGGGAACUGCUUUUCCGAUGUAGAGGGAGGUAAGCAAGCAGUGGGUGGGGCCCAACAAAGGCCCAAUAGUAUUGCUACCACCAACAACAACAAUGGCGGACACAACGAUGCCGUUGAGUUCUUCUUCAGGUCUCGUGGCAUUCAGCCUCUCUUCACUCAACUCGAGUUAUCUCUAUCUGCAUCUAACUUGCUUGACCGUGACAUCACUUCAAAGAGUGAUCCAAUGGCUGUGGUGUAUGCAAAGAAAAGAGAUGGAAAACUAGAGGAGUUAGGUCGCACUGAGGUUGUAUUGAAUAGUUUGAAUCCUGCAUGGAUAGAAAAAGUUACAGUUGCAUUCCGGUUCGAGAUUGUGCAGCCAUUGGUAUUUCAUGUAUAUGAUGUGGAUUCAAAAUAUCAUAAUGUACCUGUGAAGACGCUAAAAUUGAAUGAUCAAGAAUUUCUUGGAGAGGCUACUUGUGUUCUAUCUGAGAUAGUGGCUAAACAAACUCGGAGUUUAACCCUAAAUCUCAAUAACAAAAAUGGGCAUACGAGCUUGAGGAACUUGGGGGCACUCACUAUCCAUGUAGAGGAAACAGUUUCUUCAAGGAGUUGUGUUGAGAUGGUAGUCCAUUGUUCCCACUUGGAUAACAAGGACAUAUUCUCUAAAAGUGAUCCUUUCUUAAGAAUAUCUAGAAUUGUUGAGAGUGGAGGCUCUAUUCCAAUAUGCAAAACUGAAGUGGUGAAGGACAAUUUGAAUCCAAUUUGGAAACCCCUAUGCCUGAGCAUACAACAGUUUGGAAGUAAGGAUAACCCAUUAAUUAUAGAGUGCUUUGAUUUCAAUAGCAGUGGCAAUCAUGUGCUUAUUGGUAAGCUCCAGAAGUCUGUGGCAGACCUGGAAAAACUUCAUAUAGAAAGAUGUGGUGUAAAUCUCACCUUACCAUCUCCUCAUCAGGAUCAUGAGAAGGUUUUGAAGGGACAGCUAUUUGUGGAUCAAUUUUGUGAAAAGCAACAGUACAGUUUUUUGGAUUACAUUUCCAGUGGAUUUGAGCUUAACUUUAUGGUUGCUGUUGACUUUACAGCCUCAAAUGGAAAUCCUCGGAAUCCAGAUUCUUUACACUACAUUGAUCCUUUUGGCCGGUUGAAUCCUUAUCAACGGGCUAUAAUGGAGGUUGGGGAGGUCAUUCAGUUUUAUGAUUCCAAUAGGCGCUUUCCUGCUUGGGGCUUUGGAGGAAGAACAACUGAUGGUACCAUAUCACAUUGUUUUAACUUGAAUGGAAGUACAGGUGCCUUUGAGGUUGAAGGAGUUGAAGGCAUCAUGGCUGCUUAUGCAAGGGCUCUCCAUAAUGUUGCCCUUGCAGGACCCACUUUAUUUGGCCCAGUGAUUAACACAGCUGCACAAAUUGCUGGCCAGUCCGUCUCGUACAACAGCAACAAAUACUUUGUCUUGCUCAUUAUUACGGAUGGAGUCAUUACAGACCUGCAAGAAACAAAAGACGCUUUGGUCAGGGCAUCCGAUCUGCCUCUAUCUAUCCUUAUAGUCGGAGUGGGAGGUGCAGAUUUUAGAGAAAUGGAGGUUCUUGAUGCUGACAAUGGAAGACGGUUAGAGAGCUCUACAGGUCGUGUGGCUACACGUGACAUCGUGCAGUUUGUUCCAAUGCGAGAAGUGCAUGGUGGGCAGAUUUCUGUGGUCCAGGCUCUAUUGGAAGAGCUACCUGGACAAUUUUUGACAUACAUGCGUUGUAGAGAUAUCAAGCCAAGUCCUCUCCAUGCAGCCUCAAGCCCUCAACUUCUGCUUGACUAACAGUUACCAUGUUCACAAGAUUUAUAAAUAUGCUAAUUCUGAUCUGAUCAACUGAGAAAUUUUAGGUCUGAACCAAUCACAAGCUAACUUACCUGAAAGGAGCUCUUUAUUAACAAAUUUUUUAGGUCUGAACCACUAACAAGUUGUAUUUCCUGAAAGAAUUUCUUCAUAUCAUCCUAAAAGAAAAAGUACAGUUUUUUUUUUUUAACCAAAAAAAAAUAUAUAUUUUUAUCUUGUAUAGGUAGAAUUUAAAAUUUAUUCAACCUGUAUUUUAAGUAAACAAACCAAUGAAAAAGAAGUUACUUUUGCAAGGAGAGAGUAUCUUUUGGUCUAUGAGCUAGUUCCAUGGAGUAGGCCUCUCAAAAGGAUUUGUACCAUCCAUCCAUAAGGAAGGUGUUGGUGUCACGUUGUGGGCC